UCUCAGAAUUUCCCUAACGAAGUUCCGCUCUCGUUCCCUUACCCCUUUCUCCGCUGCGAGCAUGGCCACCAUGAUCCUUGAGCGACCUCACCACCACCGCUGCCGCCACCAGCACGUUGUUGUUAUGCGGCAUGGCGACCGCCUCGACAACGUCAACCCGUCAUGGCUGUCCACGGCCCUCAGGCCAUGGGACCCUCCACUGGCCGAGGCUGGGUGGGACACAGCUCGCAAGACGGCCAAGCAACUCCCCGCUCGGCUCGGCUUCCCAAUCCACCGGGUGAUCGUGUCUCCCUACCGGAGGUGCGUCGACACUGCUCUGGGGCUGUUUGCCGGUCAUUUGACCCCGGACGAAGACCCCAAGGCGGCAACAGGGGAUGGCGGCCUUGACCCAUCAAAAGUCAAGAUAUCUAUAGAUUACGGAUUGGCCGAGAUGUUCAACCACAUAGCAAUCAGACAUCCUCCUCCAAGUCCUGCAAAUCAUGCGGACUGGGGUUUGAACAUUCCCGAUAUCGAAGCCUUGAUUCCACUAGAUGCAUUGGACAAUACAGUGAUUCCAGUGUUCAGAGAGCUGCCGCAAUGGGAAGAGACUGAGCCAGACGCGAGAGAUAGAUAUCUCCACACCAUUCAAUCUCUUGCCGACAGACACCCUUCAGAAAACUUGCUGUUGAUCACUCAUGGGGAAGCAGUGAAGGUCACAGUCUCGACACAAUUGGAGGACGCUGCGAGAUUCCGCAUUAUGAUGGACUACUGCGGAUAUGCGCAGCUCAAAAGACAAGUCAUUCGUAACAGCAACGCGUUUGAGACUGGCCAGUUUGAGCUGCUCGCGAACUAUGGCCAGACCGGCAUCCACUGCUCGCCAAGGACGCCGAUGUGAUCGAUACCCUCGCAUCAAGCAUUUGAACAAUUUGUUAUAUAGUACGUGUGAUGCAAGGGCAAAGGAGCUUGGUUUUACGAUUGUAUUUCUUUGUUAAUUCUUUCCCACGUUUGGGCGAUUCUUUUGCCAAUAAGGACGGACUUUUAGUGGGUGUAUUACUUGUUCUAUGAUUCAAUAUUGAAUUUGAUAUGUUCUUUCCUUUAA